AUGGGAACAAUUUUCCAUCAAGCAUCAUGGGUAAUCAAGAAAAUUCUAAAAGCCACUAAGUAUGUGGAGCAUAUUGGACUGCGUGAAGCUGACUUGGUGACAUGGGAACAAUUUUCCAUCAAAGCAAUUUACAUGAAGCUUAGUGGUGAAUUCCAAAGAGUACCAUGGAGGAGAUUAGUGUGCAAUAAUGGAGGUGCACCUAGGUGGUUAUUCAUCCUAUUCCUAGCAAUAUGGGGCAAAAUACUAACUCGAGAUAGGCUUCCUAAACGGGGUUGUACUGAAAACACCAGUUGUGCACUAUGUGAUGAUUCUAAGGAAAGUUGUGGGCAUUUGUUUUUCACUUGUUCUUUUUCUGUGCAAGUGUGGAACAAGUUGCUGUUAUGGCAAGGAAUUCCUAGAACUGCACUAAAUUGGCAGUAA